CGCGCAACCUGCUGCAACUCGUCCAACCUCGCCCAUCACCAACAACAAACCACCCACAAAAACCAAUUACCGCUUCCACGCCACCACACCCCAACAAUGUCCUUCUCGCUCUUCGGCGGCGGCCGCCCCCAGCCCAGCUCGGAGCAAAAAAUCGCUGCGGCAGAGACCGAAAUCGAAAUGGUUUCCGACAUGUUCAACCGCCUCGUCUCCUCCUGCACCAAAAAGUGCAUCCCAACCACGUACCGCGAGAACGACCUCGACAAGGCCGAGUCCGUCUGCCUCGAUCGCUGCGUCAGCAAGUUCUUCGACGUGCACACCAAGGUCAGCGAGAAGAUGCAGGGCGAGGCCGCCGCGAGGGGCGGCGCUGGCGGCGCCGGCGGCAUGUUUGGCAUGUAAGGUUGGGGAAUUGGGAGUAGGGGGGAGCGGUGAAGAGUGUGGGGAUUUUUGGGUUUGAUGAAGGUGGAGGGAGAGAGAGUUUGUGGAGAGCGGCGCGCGCUCUGCGAUAGUGCUGUGCUGGGACGAGAGCUGUGGCGUUGGCGUUGGAGCUGGAGCUGGUGCUGGAUUGCGAGCGCGCGUUGCUCGUGCGUGCACCGACUACCAGCUAUGCGUCCGCCGCGCAGGCGCCUACUUUUUUCGCAUCUGGAACCUCUCCAUCACACACACACCCGCCCGCGCCUCAAUACACACCCACCUACCCCGCUCCCCCCGCCCCGCUUGUACGUAUUCCGUGCGUCUGCUUUUCCGCUCCGUCAUGCCACGUCACG